AUGGAAACGAAAGUAUCCGAUCAGCGCAAGCUGACGGAAAUCUUACUGGAAACAGAGCGCGUUGCCGACCGAAUUUUGGCCUACAAGCAAGAGCUGGUGGAGCUGGACAAACGGCGGCAGGAUACGCGCGAGGCGCUCCGGCUGAUCGAGAAGCACAUUCCCGAGACGCAGCAGCGCGUUUGGAUAACGAUCGGUUCGAUGCUCAUGAAACGCGACCGCCACACCGCGGUUGAGUUGUUGCGCAAGGAUCAGCAAACGACGGAGGCGGAGAUCGAACGGAUACGCAUGGAGCAGAAGCUGCUGGUUGCAAAGCAGCGCGAUCUCGAGCACGAUCAGCCGUUGCGUGGGUUCAAUUUGAAACCACUAAGCAAUGCGGAAAUUGCUGGCAUUCGGUCGAAUUUGCCUGGUUUUUGAGGAUGAAGUGUAGGGAUGUGGGUCUUUUUUACACUGUACACUGUAUUAGAAGUUAAGGCGGGAUAGGGCGAUGUCGAUCGCGCUCUCUUUCUGUUUCGUGUAUCUCAUAAGUUUAUUUACUUAAUAAAAUCACAUAAAUAUAGCAA